AUUUCGCUUUCAUUUUUUUUGUUUCCAUUGGCAGUAAGCCUAAACAACUUUUGUGGUGUUCCUUUGUUUGCUUUGAGAUUUUGAACUUAAAGGAUUUUAUGUACCCAGGAGAUGUGAAUUUCAAGCAAGAUGACAUCUUUCAGUGGAUUAGGGAUUGGUUUAAGCUUGGUUUUUGGUUGUCUUUUAUUAGCUCUUGUUGCUGAGCUUUACUACUUGCUUUGGUGGAAGAAGAGAUUAAUUGGAAGCUCACAAGUUGAAGAUGAUUACACCAAAUACGCAAAGGAACUCAUUCAGCUGUUCUGCUGGAAGAAAUCUGCUUCUCUGCACGCAUCCUCCAAUACCAACAACAUUCAAGAUUUGGUCAAAGACCAAGCCAUUAAUGGCGUUGUUGAGCCAGAUUUGGAACUCGGGUCAAGCAAGGAUUUGCUGCUGAAGGGCUAUGGCGAAGAGGGUAUCGAAUCAGAGCUCAUGAGACUUCACAAUCUGGCCGGCCCACCUAGAUUCCUCUUCACAAUCAAGGAGGAAACCGAGGAAGAUCUUGACUCGGAAGAUGGCCGGUCUAGAGGCGACAAAAGCAGAAAGGGUUCAAGAACAAGGAGCUUGAGUGAUCUUAUUUUAACCAUCGACACUCCAAUGGCUUCUCCUCAACCAACCAAAUCACCUCCCUUAAACCCUUUAGGUUCUUAUCACCGCCAGGGAUUCAACCCUCUCUUUGAAUCAUCAACAGAUGCCGAGCUAAAUAAGCUGAGAUCUUCACCUCCACCAAAGUUCAAGUUCCUAAGAGACGCAGAAGAGAAACUCUUGAGAAGAUUGAUGCUUGAAGCCGAGAAAAAGUACAUAGAAAUGGAGGUUCUCUUCAAGGUGAGAAUAUGCAAGGGUCUUUCUUAAAAUUCAUUAUCGAUAAGAACAUGGAACCUCUCCAAUGUUUACCGCAGUACCCUUCGAGUUCUUCUCAGGUGCCAUUGCCUUCUUCUAAUACAACAUUCAGACCACC